AUGAAUUCUUUUGCCAGUGAACAGCCGUCCAUGUCAACAUCGGAUCUUCCUUGCAAACAGAUCAGCCAAGGAUGCAUCCAGCCCGAAACGCCGACAACUUUAGUUAGCAGCACGCCACAGCUCUACGAAGUUCUCGAUGGGCUUGGCAUAAGUCCUGCCGGUGCCAUGUCUAUCGCUACCUCAGGAAGACCACGCCCACCUUCUAGCGCUAGUAGCUUGGCUGCGGUAGAUGGAGGACUCCUUCGAGUAAAUAUACAAGAUAUGGGUUCACCCAAUAGCCCCUUGCUCCCUCCAGGACUACAGACGCCAAGAAAUAUCGACGACGAGCAGUUGGCAGCAGAAGUGGUCAGCAUGAGAAUGGCUAAUAGGAUAUUCGAAGCGGACAUGGCUCAGAUGAGACAAACUAAGGAUUCAGCAAAGGGAACAGACAGUGCCAAAAGGAACGCUGCCAGAGGGUUCUCGACAUAUAUUUAUCCCGCCAACAAAACCCCUCCAAGCGAAGGCCAGGGCCACCGUCGAACUAGGUCGAGUCCUGCUGAGAUUCUCAGGGCGGCUAAGAACUCGGUGAAAGAGUACUUUAAGCCUGGUAGCACAAACCCAAGCUCGUACAGGGGACUCACAGCCCUGCAUCCUUCAACGGGCGAGGGGGAAGCAUAUGGGGGUACUAAGAAGAGACGAAGGGUUCCACAGCAAACUUGGGCAAUGGAAGAUACCAAACCACCGGGGCACAAACGGUCGGUUUCGGCGCCGUCUAAGUUACGGUAACAUGAUGAACGCAGGGCUGAAUAGUCCUGACACAAAAGUUUUGCCUCUUUACAAG